AUGUCCAGUUCCUUGUCAUCGUCGGCUGCCACAAGCUCUCCAGCCACUAAUCAGUCAGAUUCUAACUCACCACAAAAUCUUAGGACCAUAAGCAGUGCACAUUUUCCACAAACUUCACCUCCACCAUCGUCUUUUAGGACAACUUCUCACUCUUCCCCAAAUUGCUCUUUGGUUUCCCCUAACCCAACACCCACUGACUGCAUUUUUGAGGCUAAUCAAACCUUGACACAAGUCCAUGAGGAGCUUAGGAAGUGGGAAAAGAUAUUGAAGAAUAUCCAAGCAGUGCUUGAUGAUGCAGAGGAAAAGCAAAUGAAGGAUCGGCAUGUGAAGAUAUGGCUAGCGGAGCUCCAAGACUUGGCUUACGAUAUGGAUGACAUCUUGGAUGAGUUCGGGACUGAAGCCUUGGGAAGCAAGCCUAAGAGAAAGAUAGAAAGGCCACCAACUACUUCAUUGGUGAAUGAAGCUCCUGUCUAUGGUAGGGAAGAAGACAAAAAGGCAAUAAUUGAUUUGCUUUUAAUGAAUGACUAUAGUGAUGAUAAAGUCAUUGUGAUUCCUAUUGUUGGCAUUGGAGGGAUUGGUAAGACUACCCUUGCUCAACUAGUUUACAAUGAUGAUAGUAUAAAAGAUCAUUUCGACAUCAAAGUAUGGGUCGAAUUGAAGGAGAAGCUAUAUGAAAAUAAUUUUCUGCUUGUUUUGGAUGAUAUUUGGAAUGGACGCUACCAUGAUUGGAACAUUCUACAGUAUAAUGGACACAAAAUGUUUGAAACCUUGUAUGAAGCAGAGCAAUUACGAACAUUUUUAGUAUUUAUGUUACCAAUUCUGACUAACAAUGUUCUUCUUGAUUUGUUGCCGAAACUGAGACACUUAAAAGUGCUUUCUUUGGAAAGCUUGCCAGAGUCCAUAUGUACUCUCUUCAAGUUACAGACUUUGUUAUUGAGAGGUUGUGAUCACCUCAAACAGCUACCUUCAAAUUUGAGGUUUUUAAGUAACCUACAGGGUGUUGACAUUAUUGAUACAAAUUCAAUCAAAGGGAUGCCAUUCGGAAUUGGUGAAUUAAUUGAUCUCCAAGCACUAACCAAUUUUGUUGUAGGCCAAGGUGUUGGAUAUCAAAUAAGAGAGUUGAAUAAUUUAUCUAAUCUUAAAGGUCAACUUUCUCUUUCAAGAUUGGAAAAUCUUGUCAAUGCUCAAGAUGCCUUGGAGGCUAGGUUGUUUGAUAAGUCUAACCUUGAUGAUUUAGAAAUGAAGUGGAGUGCAGACUUGAAAGAUGAUUUAAGGAAAGAAGGAGUAGAGAAAGAGGUGUUGAGCUUACUUCAACCUCAUAAGAAACUUAAGAAACUCAUCAUCAAGUAUUAUGGUGGUUUAGCAUUCCCAACUUGGGUGGGAGAUCCUUCAUUCAAAAAUUUAAUCUUCUUAAAUUUUGAAGGUUGCCAAAAGUGUACCUCAUUGCCAUCAAUUGGGAAGCUACCAUUUUUAAAGGUCGUUUGUAUCAAAGGAAUGAGUUUUAUCAAUAGGGUGGAUGCUGAGUUCUAUGGAGAGAAAUGCUCAAAUGCAUUUCCAUCAUUGGAGAUUCUUCAUUUCGAAGAUAUGCCAGAAUUGAAGGAGUGGAAUUUUUACCAAGUUGAUGGGCAAACAAGAUUCUUCAAAUGCCUUCGUGAUCUCUCUGUCAAGAAAUGCCCCAAGCUGUUGAGAAGUCAACCAAGUUGCCUUCCUUGCCUAUAA